AUGACGUCAUUUAUCCAGUGUAACCUCAAUCACUGUAGCGUGGCGCAAGAUCUUAUCGUCCAGUACAUGAUUGAGGAGAAGAUAAGCAUCGCAUUCCUAAGCGAUCCUUAUAGGGUGAACGCAGACUCUAGUGCCUGGCUUGCCGGUUCGGGACCAAGCAAAGCAGCCAUAUACAUCGCGGGCGACGGAGCGACUAUAGCCAACGUGCUGACGGAUCCAGAAUUCGUUUCCGCACGCAUAAACGGCGUUCAGAUGUUCAGCUGCUACGUGUCUCCGAACCAGCCUCUUGAGGACUUCACUGACUUUCUCCAACGACUGGAAGACAGUGUCAGGACCGUCCCUCAUGAUGUGCCGGUGCUAGUCACCGGAGACUUCAACGCCAGGUCCACAGCCUGGGGAGACUGGGUCAGCAACGCGAGAGGCGAAGAAUUGGGCAUGCUGAUCGAGUCGCUGGACUUCGUCAUUAUGAACUCGGGUUCCAUUCCCACAUUUUCAAGAGGGGCUGGCUCUGUAAUAGAUCUGACACUGGCAUCAGAGUCAUUAGCCAGGCGACUUAGCGGCUGGAGGAGGGUCAUGGAGUCUGUAUUCAACAAUAGCGAUCACCAUUACAUCCGCUUUUAUCUCAGUGGUAGCACUCCAAACCAGCCGCAACCGGCCGGCAGAGACCCCCAUGGAUGGAACACGUCCGGUGGGAUAGACGCUGAAGCCUUCUGCACCGGACUGUCAAUUGCAGCAUGGCUUGACGGAUUCCAUCAUCGUGAUAACCAAGAGGCUGAGGCCGGAGCCUUGACUUUUCGGUCAAGAGUUACUGCAGCAAGCGACUUUGCAUUGCCCAAACGGGGGAUUGCAAAGCCAGGGAGGCCGCCUGUCCAUUGGUGGAACGCGGAAAUCGGUACCCUUCGUGCGGAAUGCGUUAGGGCUAAAAGAAGCAAGGUCAGAAUGGUAGCCCGCAUAGCACGCCUGCGGGAGCGGAUUGUGGGAGACUUUGACGUGGACCGAGCUAACGCUGAACUUGAGAGGACCAACGACGCGUUCACCACGGCCAAGAAGCGGCUAAAACACGCGAUUUCUCGGAGCAAAAAAGCCUGCUGGCGCGAGCUCAUCGCCUCUGUAGACAGGGAUCCAUUUGGAAAACCCUACAAGCUAGUGAUGCGCAAACUUAAGGGACCACCGGCGACCGCCACCAUGGAGCGCCAGACUCUGGAGAAUGUCAUCAGUACUCUUUUCCCACCACAUGAACAUAGACCUGUCAGCGUCACAAUUCCAGGGGAGCCAAUCGUGGAAUUCACCACAGAGGAAGUCGAUACAGUCGUUGACAGAGCCAAGAGGAAGAACACAGCCCCGGGUCCGGAUGGUAUCACCAGUCGCAUACUGGCGGUCGUACACAAGGCCAACACUCGUACCUACAUUAGUAGAGCUGUUCAACAACUGCCUUAA